AUGUUGCUACCUGGACAGGCUCACAUGCCUCGUCCAACACCUCCGCCAUAUGUGGUCGCAAAGACACUAACACAAUAUCUCUUUGGCGAAACCACGCUCCCAUCGUUUCUUCAGCAAUACGGAGACAUCUUGCUGGCUAUCGCAGGAGCUGCAGCUGCAGCAACGGGCUUAUGCUGGUUCUUCCAACAUAAUAAAUGCAACCGCAAAAGGAUCCGGCUGGCUGUGUACCAUGUUGUUCGUACUCUCCAGAUCAUGCCUGACCUAGAAGAACGGAUGGAGGAGAUGCCAGAGGAUCUUUAUAAGGAGAUUGCCCGUGAGGUCGAUCGGAUGAUCGGCACUUAUUUGACUCUGUCAGAGAGUGAAACUACCUUUAGGAUGACUAAGCGUAAGCUUUUGGAUGAUUACGAAGGAUUUGAGAGAGAAAGAGAGGCUGAAAGGAGAGUAAGAAGGAGGGUAGACGAUGCGGCGGCAGGAGACGUGCCUGAGAUCACAGUUCAGUCUCCAUCUUCCACAGGUCAACCGGAGGGAAGUCUGAUUCAUGAGGAAGAAACACAACAAGAUGACGAGCUAGAAAUGUAUAUGCUAGGCUACAAUCCGACAGCAUCACACUCAAGCCCUGUACGAGAGCGGCCCUCGCCCACAGCUCCCGAUAUCGAUCUCAACUUCUCGGACUUCAGGAUACCGUCAUCGGAACAGAGUAGAGGGAGUCGCGGAAGUCCAUCCAGUCUAGACUUUUUGAACAGUUACUCCUCUUCACCGCUGGCGCGGCCGUCGAAUCCGACGCCUCGUCGUGGUCGAGGCGGUCCUUACAGCAGCGACGAUACGCCUUCGCCACAACGCCUGGGCCCCAUAGACCUUUCUAGUGAAGAUGUGUCUUCUGGCGAAGACGAACAGCCGAUCCUUCGUCCAUCGAAUCCUACACCGCGCCGUGCCCAAGGCUCUAUAGAUGUACAAGUCGACACGCCACGGCCGAAGACUGCGCGUACGAGUAGACCUGACCUGGAUCAGGAGAGUCAUGACCCUUUUACUUCUCCUGCUUCUAGCGACGGCACCUCGCCAGUGCAAGAAUCACCUCGACCGCGCAUCACCAGCAACGACAUUCGUGAGCGUCGCGAGAAGGCACGCGCUCCAGAUGCCCAGAAGAACGCCGUAAAGCCGCGCAAUAAUAUUCCGUUACGCCAGCCGCCCAGUGCGAUCGCUAUGAAGACCCAGGGUGAAGUUCCAGGGCAAUAUCUUUCCCCCAUACAAGAGGGCAUGUCUCCACAUGUGAGCCCUGCGGAAGGCACCAGACAGUAUCGCGUUGCGGAGACACGCAAGCUUAACAAACAGCUUCAGAACGAGAGGAACGAGCGUCGGCAUGGUAGAAAGCAUGUACCAGAGAUUGGCGAACGGCUUCGUGGAGAUGAACUAGAGCAACCCGCCGAAGGAGCGGAGGCGAGAGGACAGGAAAUGCUUCCCAAGUCCAGUCGAAGGGAAGAACCAUCCGAGCCCAUUUUCACCGACCCAGAAGGUGAAGAUGAUGACGACCUGGUGCACUUCGAAGACCCAACCAGAUAUUCUAAGUCAGCAGAACCUAUUGUAGCCGCCUCACCAGCGGUCCGCCACGAUAACCCAUUACCUGCUGCUGCGACUCAAUCCUCUUCGCCGAGAUCAAGGCUAUCACCUCAGGCAACGACCAAAGGCCAAUCGCGAAGGUCGGCGGCUCCAAGCCCACCCGAGAAGACUACGAAGAAGGCGGCGAAGACACCUGCGAAGACACCUGCGAAGCAAAAGGCUCCACCAACAACCGGGACGCGGAGGAGUGAAAGAAUUGCAAAGUUGAAGGGUGCGAAGAAGUGA